UCUGACCCCGCCCCCAGCGUAGACGAGCAACUGGACUUCAUUCCCGGGACGCGCAGUCCCGUCUUUCCAUUAAGGUCAAGCCCGGGGUAGGGGUGGGUAGAGUAGGUUCAGCGCAUCCACGCUCCUCUUUCUCCCAGGUGGUAGGACCCGCCCUCCGCUCCACCGCCCCCUCCAGGUGAGUGGUAGCUUCCCUCCCAGCGCGCAAGGUAGCGGUGACACACGUCCCCCCUCCUCCGAACGCGAGUUGGUAGCGUCCGUGACGAAGUUAGCUUGAUCCUCCCACGCGCGCCUCCUUCCUCGCCGCCGCUGCGCCCUCUCGGUGCCACUGACUCUCACGUGCGGGUAGCCCACCCCGCAUCCUCGUCUGGCCUCGCUCGCAUAAGGAAGUGGCCGUAUUUCCUUCGCCUUCACCCAGGCAACGGGGGGCAAAUCGGCCAGGCCCGCCCGCUGACGUCACCUCAUAGCCCCGCCCCCUCUAGGGUCCCAGGCCCUGGCGGCGGGGGUUGCCCGGGGGGGUGGGGGGGAGUCAGUUGAGGCGGCGGGAGCUCGGCGGAGGGUGGGCCAGGUGACUGGUCCAGGCCAUGCCGAGAAAGAAGCCCUUCAGCGUGAAGCAAAAGAAGAAGCAGUUGCAGGACAAGCGGGAGCGGAAGCGAGGGCUCCAAGAUGGGCUGCGAUCCAGUUCCAACAGCCGCAGCGGGAGCAGGGAGCGGCGGGAGGAGCAGACCGACACCUCGGACGGGGAAUCUGUGACCCAUCAUAUCCGCAGGCUCAACCAGCAGCCUUCCCAGGGGCUGGGUCCUCGAAGCUAUGACCCAAAUCGAUACCGGCUGCAUUUUGAGCGAGAUAGCCGGGAGGAGGUGGAAAGGAGAAAGAGGGCAGCCCGCGAGCAAGUGCUACAGCCGGUCAGUGCUGAGCUGCUGGAGCUGGACAUCCGGGAGGUCUAUCAGCCUGGCUCAGUCCUGGACUUUCCCCGACGUCCUCCUUGGAGCUAUGAGAUGUCCAAAGAGCAGCUAAUGAGCCAGGAGGAACGGAGCUUCCAGGAGUAUCUUGGGAAGAUUCAUGGGUCUUACACCUCUGAGAAACUCAGCUACUUUGAGCAUAAUCUGGAGACAUGGCGGCAGCUGUGGCGUGUGUUGGAGAUGUCUGACAUUGUCUUGCUUAUCACUGAUACCCGACAUCCAGUUGUGAAUUUCCCACCAGCACUUUACGAGUAUGUGACUGGAGAACUUGGAUUGGCCUUGAUCUUGGUCCUGAACAAGGUGGAUCUAGCCCCACCGGCUCUUGUGGUUGCCUGGAAGCAUUAUUUUCACCAACACUAUCCCCAGCUCCACAUAGUCCUUUUUACCUCUUUCCCUCGGGACCCCCGCACCCCACAGGAUCCUAGUAGCGUGUUGAAGAAGAGUCGGAGGCGGGGGAGAGGAUGGACUCGGGCCCUGGGGCCGGAGCAGUUGCUGAGAGCCUGUGAAGCCAUCACUGCAGGGAAAGUGGACUUGAGCAGCUGGCGGGAGAAGAUUGCCCGAGAUGUGGCAGGGGCCACGUGGGGAAACGGCUCUGGGGAGGAGGAUGAAGAAGAGGAUGGACCUGCCGUCCUGGUGGAGCAGCAGACUGACUCAGCGAUGGAGCCCACCGGCCCGACCCGGGAACGCUACAAAGAUGGGGUGGUGACCAUUGGCUGUGUGGGUUUCCCCAAUGUGGGCAAGUCUUCUCUGAUCAACGGGCUGGUGGGCAGGAAGGUUGUGAGUGUCUCCAGAACUCCCGGCCACACCAGAUAUUUUCAGACCUACUUUCUCACCCCCUCUGUGAAGCUCUGUGACUGCCCUGGCCUCAUAUUCCCAUCCCUUCUGCCCAGGCAGUUACAGGUUCUGGCAGGGAUCUACCCCAUUGCCCAAAUCCAGGAGCCAUACACUGCCGUGGGCUACCUGGCCACUCGAAUCCCUGUGCAGGUCCUGCUCCACCUGCGCCACCCAGAGGCCAAGGAUCCCUCAGCGGAACACCCCUGGUGUGCCUGGGACAUCUGUGAAGCCUGGGCAGAGAAGCGUGGUUAUAAGACAGCUAAGGCAGCGCGGAACGAUGUGUACAGAGCAGCCAAUAGCCUCCUACGGCUGGCAGUGGACGGGCGCCUCAGCCUGUGUUUUCAUCCCCCGGGCUACAGUGAGCAGAAAGGCACCUGGGAGUCCCAUCCGGAGACCACAGAGCUGGUGGUUUUGCAGGGCAGGGUGGGGCCAGCAGGUGACGAGGAGGAGGAGGAAGAAGAAGAGCUGAGCAGCUCCUGUGAGGAGGAGGGAGAGGAGGACCGGGAUGCGGACGAGGAGGGGGAAGGGGAUGAGGACACCCCAACUUCAGCUCCAGGGUCCGGCCUGGCUGCCCGAAACCCUUACGCCCUACUGGGAGAGGACGAGUGCUGAGUCCCUGCCCUGCUCCACCUGCUCCCCCCAGCGUCUCUGCUUCUGGACUGACCUGGGGGUACCUCCCCUCUGCUGCCCCAGUUGUGAAUAAAGAUUGUCUGCUUUGUAGCCCCUUCCCCGAA